GUUCCAUCAGAUAACGCUUUUUGGAGGACCAAAGUAAACCGUCUCUAUAUGUAUGAAGUUACUGUACCUAUUCGGUUGUAAAAAUGGCAAGAGCCCCAUUUUCCUGUGAAUUUGACAUUAAAGAAAUAAAAAACCUCGGCUACGUAGAAUGUAUGGACAUUCUGGAAUCAAAUGGCAUCGAUAUCAAAGCUUUAGAAGAACUUGAAGAACUUCAGGAUCUUAUCAUCAAGAAUUUGCAGUUAGGCAAACAAUACGAGAAUGUGGAGGAAGGCCAAUCUGUAUCUGGGGAGGCGAGCGACAGCAGAGAUAUUUCAUUUUCUUCGUCUGCUGACCUGAUGAAUCAGAUUAUCUCCCGUGACCGUGAAAUCAAAGUCAAACUAAAUGGUAUCUAUGACGACAUGAAGAGGUUCUUUGAGAUGAGUCAAUACACUUCCGACCGAGACCUGCAGCACGAGCUAGAAAUUGAAUUCAACAAUGUACAGGGCAUGGCUGAUGAAUACUCCAGGGAACUGAUGUGCGAUGAGUGUCCAAUCGUUGUCGCAGGAGAAACCAGCGCAGGAAAGAGCAGCUUAUUAAACCUGAUUCUUGGGAGUAAAAUUCUCCCUUUGUCACUUCGCUCCAACACCUCCACCGUCUGUCGCCUCCGUAACCACGAACAGAAGAUGAUCAAAGUGUACGAUCAAACUGGGGAGAAUCUUGUCUUCGUUCGGGAAUUCGAAGAAGAUGUCAAAGACGAUGAACUGAAAAAGGAACUACAGAAGUACAUCAGUUGUGAAGACAACCCGUAUAGAUACGUGGACAUUUUCUGGCCGAUUCCAUUUCUGGGGAGUCAAGUCAUCAUAGUGGACACACCCGGUGUGGGAGAAAACAGCGAGAUGACCAGUCGCCUGCUGGACUACCUCCCAAAGGCCGUGGCCUUCAUCUACGUCAUCAACUCAGAAAACGCUGGCGGGGUACAACAGGAUAGACUACUUAGAAUCAUUGAAAAACAGAAAAAAUGGAGAGAAGAUGGACGUAAGCAGACAUUUGACAACAGUUGUACACUGUUUGUGUUGAACAAAUGGGACGAAGUACCGGAGUCAGAGCGAGACAGGGUGUGGAACAACACCAAGGAAAAACUUAGCUGCUGGCCGGGCUUUACUGAGUCUCAGAUGUUUAGACUGAGCACACUAGAGGUAUGUGGAUGUUUAAAUAUAUAGAAACAAGAAAGUAGGUAAGUGUCUACACAGAAAAAGUCACCAACAACCGUCCAGUACCUGGCGACAACCCUAUGUAUAGUACCAUGAUAGUAAGUAGGUGUCUACACAGAAAAAUACACCAACCUCCGUCCAGUACCUGGUGACUGCCCUAUGUAUAGAACCAUGAUAGUAAGUAGGUGUCGACAAAGAAAAAUACACCAACCUCCGUCCAGUACCUGGCGACUGCUCUAAGUAUAGUACCAUGAUAGUAAGUAGGUGACUACACAGAAAAAUACACCAACCACCGUCCAGUACCUGGCGACUGCACUAAGUAUAGUACCAUGAUAGUAAGUAGGUGACUACACAGAAAAAUACACCAACCUCCGUCCAGUACCUAGCUAAAA